GUCGGUGUGCGGCGUUGGGGCAGGCGGCACUAUUCUCCAUCUCAUUGGCUAGCAGCGCUAUACAGGACUGCAGGACGCUUUGCUAGCCCGUCCAUCUACCUCAGCCAGUUAAUAAGCAGACACUUUGUUUUUUCACAAGUCGCCCCGUUUCUAGUUUUCCUGGCGCGGAAAAGGGAAUCGCUACUUUGUAUCCGGCUGGGCGCUGCUUACUCCCCCCGCUGUGAGUGGCUGUUUUGCAUGUUUUUGUUUGCUCACGGAAGGGCAGAGGAGUGCGGGGUGCGCAGAAGGAAGCAAGGAGGCACUUGACUCAGGAAGGAGAGGACUCUCCCAAGAUGCACACCACCCAGAAGGACACCACCUACACCAAGAUUUUCGUCGGGGGGCUGCCCUAUCACACCACGGACUCCAGCCUCAGAAAGUACUUUGAGGUGUUUGGGGACAUAGAGGAGGCUGUGGUCAUCACGGACAGACAGACCGGCAAGUCCAGAGGAUAUGGCUUUGUCACCAUGGCUGACAGAGCUGCUGCUGAGAGGGCUUGUAAAGACCCGAAUCCUAUUAUUGAUGGGAGGAAAGCCAAUGUGAAUCUUGCUUACCUGGGAGCAAAGCCACGGAUAAUGCAGCCAGGUUUUGCAUUUGGAGUACAGCAGAUUCACCCAGCACUUAUACAAAGGCCUUUUGGGAUUCCUGCACAUUAUGUCUAUCCCCAUGCAUUUGUGCAACCAGGAGUUGUGAUCCCACAUGUUCAACAAGCUGCUGCCACCACCUCCACAAGCCCAUACAUUGACUACACCGGUGCCGCCUACGCACAGUACUCUGCUGCUGCUGCCGCUGCAGCUGCCUACGAUCAGUACCCAUAUGCAGCCUCUCCAGCUGCUACCGGAUAUGUUACUGCCGCAGGCUACGGCUAUGCAGUUCAGCAACCACUCGCUGCUGCAGCACCAGGAACCGCUGCUGCAGCAGCUGCAGCUUUUGGUCAAUACCAGCCACAGCAGCUGCAGGCUGACCGCAUGCAGUAGCACUUAGACUUUUGAGGAAAUGAUCAAGUAUCUAUAUAUAAUUUCUUUUCCUUUGUUUUCAGCCUUCCAAUUUCAGUAGGCGAGACCAUGUCAAUUUAGGCUAAACAGCUUUAAGGAAAAAAUUUUGUGAAGAUGACAAACCGCUAUUCCAGCUUAUCUAGUAUACAUCAGAGUAUUGUUAGAAAGGCGUGUUUCAGGCAUUUAUGAAGGAACUAAUAUAUGGUUUGCUGUCCUGAAAAGUAUCAGAAGUGAUAAACUAUACAAUCAUUUUUACAUCAGGGAAAGAAACUGCCUUUUACUUGUUGGGGGUGGGAGGGAGGGAAUACACUUUUUCUUUUUUUCUUAUUUUUCUGUACUAUAUUUUAUGAAACGUCUAAACCAGGGUAACUGGUCAGCGAUAUGUAGCCUAUACGAAGUAAAACCUUCAAAGCACAGAUUGUCAUGUCUUCUCACCGUGACAUUUACUAUUGCUUUUUCUCCUGAGUUGGUGAGAAACAUGUUGUUAACAUUGCAAUAUUGGAGGCCCAUGACCUGCUGGUCACAUGAUGGGCAGGCACCAAAGUUAUUUUCUCAUCUGUCCUCUAGAUGAGUGGAACUAUGGAGCAAGUGAUGUGGAAUUAACGGGUGCAACAGCUGUACAGACAAUCAAUAACACAGACCGUUCUGGAAAGAACACAUCACUUGUGCUUAUUUGAUGAGCUUGUCACAUUCUAAUCCCUUUCCUCAUCCUGUUUCGCUUUUGGGAAACUUUAUUUGCUGGUGUCAGCAAUUCUGAUUCUGAAAUAGGAUCAGCCCCUUACUACAACAGCCUUCUAUUUUAUUAUACCUAUUCAUAGCUUGUGAAUAACCACAAGAAGAAGCUUGCUAAGGUUAACCCUUCAAGAACACAAACCGUUCCUAUAUUUUGGGUCUUCCUUUCUACAGCUUUGGAGCACCCCUCCCUUUUUUUUCUUUUUCUUUUUCUCCACUAUUUCAAAGUAUUUAAAUAAAAGUAUUUAUCAAAGUAUACAGUACAACUUUUCAGUUGCAGUUCUUCAGGGGUUAAUUGGUCUGUACUGUGCCUUAACUGUAAAGUUACUGAAAAGACUUAUUUAUUUUGAAAGUUUUACUGCAGUGCGCUCUAAAGAAAGGGAACUUUAGAUGCGACACCUUAUGUAUUCAUCUCAUGUUAUAAAUUAUUUAAAUAAGUUUAGAUGUAGUAAAUUAAAUAGCAACCUAUUGAACUAAAAUGUUGACUUGGAUUUAUUUAAAUUGUGUACAUGCACUGUAUGAUAUCCCUACCCUAACAUUUAGGAUUUUACAUGAGCAGUAGACUUCAUGCCAUGGCAUUUUUCUAAUGAAGACCUCCUAAAGCAGUAUAUACUAUACAUUUCAUUUGUACGUAGAGUAAAUUCUAUUUUUUUUUUCUUUUUAUUAGAAGAAGUGCUGCUUUAUACAAUGACUUGUUAAACUGCAAUACUUGGCAAUUUUUAUUCUUGACUUAAAAUUUGAAUAUUUUACACUGUAAUGGGUUUUUAUACUUGAACAAUUUCAUACAAGGGAAGAUAAGACGAACAUUUUUAUGGACAUAUGUCUGUCACUGGAUUUAUUUUAAGUAUUCUGAAUACUAGCCAGUGUUAUGUAACUGUAGACAAGAAUUCUCCAUGCCUAUUAUUUAUUCAUUAUAUAUUGCUUUAUAACGGUUAAGAUCUAUUCAUUUCACUUGUAUUAAAAUAAUAAUAAUAAAAUAUCCUUUUUGGUUGCA